AUGACCACCUACAGCAACAACCAACAACCACCCAUGAACACAAACAGCGACAAAUGCCCACAACGACCACCCACCACCAUGGACAGACAACAACGAAUGGCCCAUGACAACGACCAAAGGGCACAAGCACCCACAGUGUUGGGAUGUCACGACACCGUGCAUACCCCUUUCUUAUGGGCACCUCAGUCCGUUGUAACCGAGACUAAGUAUCUUUCAUCACUAUCUAGACGUGUCCAACUGUCACAAGUGGCUACCACCUUUAUCAUAAAACUAAGGUACUUGCCUAUAGAGCUGUUGGGUGUAUUCAUUGCCUUUUUCAUAAUUAAUGGAAUUUUCGGCACUUUCAUUGCUUUUUUCAUAAUCAAUCCUGUGUGA